CAAAGAAAAAACGAUCGUGUGACUUCCAAAUUAUAAAAAAACUUGAAGAUUAUUUAUUAAAGAUUGAAUGAAACAAAAAAUAACUCGGAAAAAUGGAAGAAUUAAAGGAAAUGGAUAAGAUACAAUCUGGUGGAAAAGAAAAGAAAAAUUGACCUUCUUUUGCAAUAAUAAUCAAAUCAGCAACGAAGAAGAAGAAAAUCUGCACCGAGAGUAGCAGCACAAUCGUAAUCUACAAAUAUUAUUUUUUAUUUUAUCUGGGCCCCUUUUUUUUAAUUGGCCAAAGAAGUUCGGGGGGAAAAACCUUUAAAAGGUGUUGUUUGUGUGAAAAUUGUGGAAAAAAUAAUCAUCAUAAUAUUCUUGUCGUCACCGCCCUCCCCGGGUGAGCCCAAGUCCAUCAAAUAUGACAGAUUGCAUUGAGACUCUGCUAUCUAGCAUGUCCACAAAAUUCAACAAUGAUGGAGGCGGAGGAGGGAGUGGAGUUAGUGGGGCUAUUGCUGGUUCUGGAGAGGCCACAUCAGUAACUCCAAAAGGUGGUAUUUUAGAUUUGAACAAAGACAAGACAGUCAAGUGGCGAAGUCUUAAAAACAAUGGCAAUGCCAAAAAUUGGGGUGAAAAGAGUAGUAGGAAAAUAUCGUCAAAAAAAGUUAAUACUACAGCAACAACACCUGCUAGACCACAUAAUGGGUCUGGUUCAUCCGAUGAUGACAAAAUCGUCGUUGAAAACGCAGCAAUAGAUACAAAUUUGCUGGUGAAAACAGAUAAAGACAACGACGACGAUAAAACUCAAGGCCAUCAAGUUGGCGGUGGCGGGGUGGAAAAGGGUGUUGUUGUUGGAAGUGGCAGUGUGAGAGUCUGUGACAGCACUGGACAUCAAUUGUUGAAAGAGAAAGUUGACAGGGAUGCAGAGCAAGCUCAGGUGGAGAGUGAGCAUGUGGACAAUGGGUCUGAGAAUUCUAUAAAUAAACCACGUGAUUCGAGCGAGGGAUCUGUUCGACGAUUACGUCGUUCACGUCCACUAGAUGGUGGAGAAGAAUCGUCUCCUGAAGCUAAGUUGAAUACGGAGAAAAUUUCGGCAGGAGGUUCGAUUGAGAAUAUUGCUGAAACGCAACUGACUAAACGUCGGGGGAGGUCGAAAAAAGUGGUUACUUUGAAAAGUGAAGAAAAACCUGAUGUUCAGACAGCUGGAAGCGCUGAAAAACGGCUGCAAAGAAAAAGGAAGCAAACAAUCGAUAUGGAACUAGAAAGUUCCAAGACAGAGGAAGAUGCUUUAGAUAAUACUGCUGCCGAUGAUACAUCGGAUAAAGGCAAAAAAACUAGAAGGAGUGUUCGACUGGAACAUCGCAAUGAAAUUAAAGUGGAAACUCAACACUCAGAUGAUGAAACUAAAGUUGAACAACCAGCUCCGCCAAAAUCACCACCUCCUGUAGAAUUAGACAAUAAUACUACCGAUUUGAUUACAUCACCAAGCGUACAACGACGUAAGUUGGAAGAUGAGAAAACACCUCCAAAGAAACGUGGUCGUCGUGCCAAAAUUCUCACAAAUGAAAAACAGACGCCAGAGAGUGUUGGUACAAACCCCACCGAUACGCCACCAAGUUCUGCUGGACAAGCUAUCAGAAAACAACCAUCAUCCAAAGAAAGUCCCGAAACAUCAGCAUUAGUUAUUCCAAAGCGUUCACAACGUCGAAUCAAACCCACCCCCAAAAUCCUCGAAAACGAUGAACUCCGUUAUGAGUAUGAAACAAAAAACAUCGAGCGGAUAACAUCUUGCAUUGGAAAUGAAAUCGAAACCAUUCCAAAUGUUUCUACCAAACAGAAUUCUUCGCGUAGCAGCAGCCGACAUAGGGAGAUAAAAUCUGAGAAUAGUAGCGAAAGUCAAACACAUCAUCCUUCAAAUGUGGUUAAGAAAAAACUAUUCACCAAAGCUGAUAAUACCACAGAAAGACCAAAAUUUGAAAAGAAACCAUGUCCAGAUAUGCAAAUAUUUCUAACCGAAGUCAGAGCAGCUAAGUGGCAUCACAAUAAGUCCCCAGAGGACAAAAAACUUAGCAAAAAACAGCAGCAUAAAUUAUUGAAACAAAAGUACAAGCACAUGGAAAGACUUGGACUUCGCCGGACGAACAGUGGGGAUGCGUCUGAAUCCGAAAAUUCUUCAGAUGACAAUGAAGAGUUUGUACCAUCGAAAAGGGUUCAAGUAGGAAAAACCAAUGUAACACUUCGAAUUCGUGGUUCAAAGGAGAGUACGCCGCCAGUAAGAAGUGUACCGUCCCCAAAGCCUAGCAAAAAAAUGCGUCAAAAACUUCAAGUAGCACCAAAAAUCAGAGAAAAGAACACAGAAGCUAAACCGAUGGCGUCGGCUUCGAAGGUACCAAAUCCUGUGGUAGUUGUUCCAAAUCCUUUACAUAAGGAGAAUACAAAGGAUCUAAUUUGCCUAUGUCACAAACAGUCGCAGUACUAUACACAAAAAACGCCUGAAACAGCGUUUUGCUGUGCAGUUGAUCAAAUUGAAGAACAGAAAGUUGGUUGCUGUAAUCAGUUAGGAGGAGAAUUGUUAAAUCUUGUGCGUCCGAGCUCAAGGGUAGGUUACAUGAUCCUUUGCGAUGACCAUAUGAAGCGUUUUAGAGCGCACAACUGUUGUGCUGGCUGUGGAAUUUUCUGUACUCAGGGAAAAUUUAGUUUUUGCCAACAGCAGCACUUUUUUCACCCGGAUUGUGCUCAGAAAUUUAUUCUCAAUAGUCCGUACGAUCCAUCAUCGCCUUAUACAAGUCCAACACUGGUGAUCAAGUGCCCACACUGUGGUGUUGACACACCAGAACGAACAUCUACAGUGACCAUGAAGUGUCAAUCUCUGCCAGUAUUUUUACCUAGUCAAAAAGCAAAUAUAAAACCAGCGAAAAUGGGUUUGCCAUUAGUGCAUGUACCAAUUACUGUUACAAAUAAUAAUACUAGCAAAAAAAAUAAAAAUAAUGGGUCCGAGAGAAAGACCAUGUCACUUGAAACACUUAUACCUGAAUCGGUUAUGAACGUUGUAGGACGAACAAACGGAAGGCGAACAAAUUCAGAGUUUUCUCCCAAGGAUAUGUAUUAUGCUGUAAAAAAUGAUGAUCUUGAAAGAGUUGGUGAAAUUUUGGGUUCUGGUUACGAUGUUACAAGUUGUAUGCGUGAGUUUCUCGACGGUACCUGCUUGCAUUUAGUGGCUCACUCUGGAACCCUUCAAAUGGCCUAUUUGCUUUUGUGUAAAGAAUUUCCACAGGACUUUGUUAACAUGAUAGAUCGUGAAUUACGAACUGCUCCAAUGUGUGCUGUAAUGAGUGAUAAAUGUGACAUACUUAGUUUAUUUACACAAUGCGGCGCAAAUUUAGCAGCCAAAGGUCCAGAGGGUAAAACUUGUCUUCACAUAGCCGCAAAACUUGGACACUUGGAGGCAACACGAAUUCUUGUGGAUAGUUACAAGGGCAGUAAAAGUGUGACGAAUUUCUUAAAAUUUAUUAACUCACAAGAUGAUGGUGGAUGGACAGCGAUGGUAUGGGCUGCAGAGUUAGGCCAUACUGAAAUCGUUAGGUUAGUGUAAAAAUUAUUUAUCUCCCUUUGGCAGUCUAAAAUUUGUGAAUCGUUUAGUUUGUUAUUGAACCAUGGAGCAGAACCAGAUAUAUGUGACAAUGACUACAAUACGGUGCUUCAUUGGGCAACAUUGUUCAAUGGAAGCUUAGAUACAAUCAAUCUUUUGCUGCAGGCUGGCAGUGAUUGUAAUAUACAAAAUGUAGAAGGUGAUACCCCAUUGCAUAUUGCUUGUCGAAACCAAGCCACUCGCUUGUGCCUUGCUCUAAUUGCAAACGGAGCUGAUCUCAUGAUUAAAAACAAAGCUGAUGAACUUCCUUACGAUUGCAUUCCGCGGGAAGACAGUCAGUGUGCCCGAACAGUUGGUUUCAAUAUGCAAAUGCGAUCUUUUGCCCCCACAGGGCUUCGUAAUCGUAUUGUUUCGAGUGACAUAUCGAAUGGUCGCGAAUUGAGACCCAUUCAAGCUGUACGAAAUGAAUACAAUUUGAUUGCGGCAUUAGCGGUGACGACAUCUUCUUCGUCAUCGGAUGAAUCAGAUGAUAUUAUGCUGCCAGAUUUUAAAUACAUCACAAAGAACAUCAUUCAACAGAAUCCGAUUCAAAUAGAUCAAAGAGUUUCUCAGAUGAGAAUUUGUUCUUGUCGGGAUGGGUGCAUUUCAGAUCAAUGCCAGUGUACAGCGGCUUCAGUACAAAACUGGUACACAGCCGAGGGUCGUCUAAACUCUGAAUUUAACUUUGAAGAUCCACCUGUGAUUUAUGAGUGCAAUGAUGUUUGUGGGUGCAAUAAGUUGGUUUGUAAGAACCGUAUCGUUCAAAAUGGUAUCAAAAUCCCACUUCAAGUCAAUGAGUGUGAUGAACAGUCAAAAGGAUGGGGUGUUCGAGCAUUGGUCAACGUACCUAAAGGUUCGUUUGUAUCUGAAUAUACUGGAGAAAUGCUAACGGAUUUUGAAGCUGAUCGAAGAAUGGAUGACAGCUAUUUCUUCGAUAUUGGCCAUGGUCAUUGCAUUGAUGCAAACUACUAUGGGAACAUAAGUCGAUUUUUUAAUCAUUCAUGCGAUGCGAACCUUGUUCCAGUUAGGGUUUUUUACGAACAUCAGGAUUUUCGUUUCCCAAAGAUUGCCCUGUUCGCCUGCAGGAAUAUACCCGUUGGUGAAGAAUUAUGCUUUGAUUAUGGUGAAAAAUUCUGGACUGUAAAACAGCGUUAUUUCACAUGCAAGUGCCUAUCAAGUGUAUGCAAAUAUUCCAGCAACAAUAAAAUAAUAUCUCAUUCCCCAAAACAACAACAACAAAUUCCUAAUCAAACAAAAAGUGAUGAUUUAAAAAAAACUCAAAUAAUACCGAAUGGAAGUGAACACUAAGAAAAUGCAUUGAAAUUCUAAAAUGAUUGUUGAGCAUUUCACAAGUUGAUCUUCAUAUAUACAUAUUUGCUCUUUAAAAAAUUCAUCAUUUUUUCACUAUCUUCAAAAAAAAAAAAAAAAAAAAAUGAUCUUAGAUUCAAACCUUUUAAACAUUUCAAAAAUAUUAACGUUUUCACGAAAACUGUCCUUUUGAUCAAAACUGAUACGUACUUUUUCAUUACAAAGUAUGUAUGUAUUUCUUUUUAAUGAAUUAUAGUAAUAAAAAAAUAAACGGAGUUUCUAAAAUUUAUAGAUCAAAGUAAGAAUAGAAAAAUCUACACAAAAGAUAGUUAAACUUUCUUUACAACUUAUUUUUUUUUGUAUAAAAGUAUCAGUAUUUAAAAAUGAAUUUAGUUGUUAAAAAAGUAAAUGGUUGAGUUAUUGCUAUUUCACGGAUACCAUUCCGAUCGACAGACUCCUUAUUUUUUUUUUUAACGGAGUAGCUUUUUUAGCCUUCUUUGAUCUUAAACUAUUUCAAUCAAAGCUGUUUUAUAAUCUUUUUUGCUUUUUUACCGAUUAAACAACCAUGAGUUAGAAAUAAAUAUAUUUUCUUUCAAAAAUGCUUAAGAUCAAUAAAUUUUAGAAUACGCCAAAAUUCAUCAAAUUUUAACGGUUGGUGGUAGCCUGAAAAUAGGAUCAAAAAAAUCCUCUGUGCGCCAAAUCCAAAUCAUUACGAAAAAGAAAAAAAAAAUUAUCACAUAAGUUUAAGACAUCAACAAAUCACAAUAUUUUUCCACUUUAAUAGUUAAUCUCUAGAAAAUAAGGCUUUUCCACACUAUUCUACCUUCAAAAACACAUACACAGACUUUAGAGUUAACAUUUUAAAUCGUAUAAGCAUUUUAGAAAAUUUAUAAAAUUUAAGUUUUUAAGUAAUCAACAAACACACACACACACAUCACAGUUAAUUGAAUUAGAUAGUCUGUCUAUAUUCGGUUCGCACGCAUAUACACUGCCGACGAAUCCUCAGACCGCCGCACUUUCAUUUAACAUAUUUUUAAAAUAAUCACAGAUUGACUGAAUUAAACUCUUAUUAAGAGUAAUGAAAAAAAUACGUUGUUUUUAAACCGAAGUGCCUAUCGUGUGAAGUGAAGUUGAUCACAAUGAUGAUAGUGUGGUGUCCCAGAUCUGUUUUUCUUACUUUUAUUAGUAUAAUCUUUUUUUUUUAUUAACCUACAAAAGUCAUAAGUAGAAUGGUUUCAUUUAAAAAAUAAGUUUAAAAAGUUUUUCUCUAUGUACAUAAAGGUGUACAUAUGCCUAUAUAUCUUAAAAUAUAUAUGUUUAUCUUUAUUUGAAAGAAUAUAAUAAUAUCAGGAACAUCAAAAUGAAUUAAAAAGAAAAACAAUAGAACAACAUUGAUUUGUUUAUUUAGUAAAAAAAAUGAAAAAAAAAAUAUUCUAUAUAUCAAUCUUAGUAUAAAUAUCAAACUUAGUCUUUAAUAUUAAAUAAAUAAUUAAAUUCGACACAAGUACCUAACAGAUGUUUUAAAAAAAAUUAAAUUUGUAUUUUCUUUUAUUGUGCUCUUCCUUUUUUAUUGAAUACAAUACUUUCUUGCAAUUAACUUAUUUAAAGAAUAAUUAAAACCUAAACAAAAUAGACUGCAAGUUAAAUUUUAUAUUUUUUUUAUUAUUUUGUUUGCAAUAUUUGUUAAAAAAAAAAAACAAAUAAAUUUUUAUUUUGUUUCGUUAUAUAAUUUUAGCCUAUAGUGUACGUAAGUUUAUGUUGAAACAACUGAAUAAUGCAUUAAAUUUUAUCAUAUAUGUAUAACAAUAGAGUCUUAAUUUUAAUUAUUGUUUAAGGAACAAAUCAUUUAUUCAAAGAAAAAAAAACCAUACCAUUGAAUGUAUUUUAUGAAAUGAAAUAAAAAAACAACUAUUGUAAUUCAAUAUUGACAAAAAGAAAACAUAAUAAAUAUAUUAUUUCAAUUCAAA